GUUUCACUUCUUUUUGUUUUCAUUCUGUCAGCAACAACAGCAACAUUUUAUUAUAUUUCUUGUUAUUAUUAUAUUUCUUGUACUUUCUCAUCAUGUCAUCUUCUUCAAGCAAAGAGCAGCAAGUCCUUGACAUGGCUCAUCUUAUUGUAGUAUCAAACAGGCUUCCAGUGACGCUGGCGCAGAGCGAAGACGAGUGGUCGUUCCAGCUGAGCUCCGGCGGGCUGGUUUCGGCACUCAGUGGCCUGAAGCGCGAGAUGUCGUUCACUUGGGUCGGGUGGCCGGGCAAGGAUUUCGGCGUGGAGGAUCGGGUAAAGAUCGACAGUUUACUCAAGGAGAACUCGUGCAGCGCAGUGUAUUUGGAUGACGAAACAGCCGAGAACUAUUAUAACGGAUUCGCCAACAGCAUUCUGUGGCCGCUGUUCCACUACCAUCCAGGAGAGAUGAUGUUUGAGGAGGUGGCGUGGGACGCGUAUCAGCGCGCCAACAUGGCAUUCGCCACGGCGCUUCUGGACGUGGUCAAGGACGGCGACCUGGUGUGGAUCCAGGACUACCACCUGAUGCUGCUGCCGCAAAUGCUGCGCGCGCUGCUGGACGAGCGCGGGCUGAAGAGCGUCAAGAUCGGGUGGUUCCUGCACACGCCGUUCCCCAGCAGCGAGCUGUACCGCAUCUUGCCGGUGCGCAGGCAGAUCCUCGAGGGCGUCCUUGCUGCCGACCUGCUAGGCUUUCACACGUACGACUACGCGCGGCACUUUCUGUCCAGCUGCACGCGCAUCCUGGGGCUGCAGACGUCGCCCAAUUUUGUCGAGACCGACAAGCGGCUGGUGCACGUGGGCACGUUUCCCAUCGGCAUUGAUCCGACAAAGUUCGCUGAGGCGCUAGAAACCAAAGAGGUGCAGAGCAGGCUGGGCGAGUUCGAGCGCAAGUUUGACGGCAUGAAGGUCAUUGUGGGCGUCGACCGUCUGGACUACAUUAAGGGCGUGCCGCAAAAGCUGCUGGCCUUUGAGCAUUUCCUCAGCCAAUGCCCCGAGUACGUCGGCCGCGCCGUCCUGGUGCAGGUGGCCGUGCCAUCGCGUGGCGAUGUCGAGGAGUACAAGCAGCUAAUAUCUAGCGUCAACGAGCUUGUUGGCCGCAUCAACGGCCGCUUUGGUACCGUUGAGUACACGCCCAUACACUUUUUGCACAAGUCAGUCAAUUUCACCGAGCUUGUGUCGUUGUACGCCGUGUCGGACGUGUGCCUGAUCACGUCGACGCGCGACGGCAUGAACCUGGUAUCCUACGAGUACGUGGCGUCGCAGCAGAAGCGCCACGGCGUGCUGAUCCUGUCCGAGUUUGCAGGUGCCGCUCAGUCGCUCAACGGGUCGAUCAUCAUCAACUCGUGGAACAUCGAGGAGGUCGCCGACGCCAUCAACCAGGCGCUGUCCAUGUCGCCCAAGCAGCGCGAGGCAAACUUCAACACGCUGUACAAGUACGUCACCAAGUUCACGGCCGCGUAUUGGGGCAUGUCGUUUAUCGGCGAGCUCACGCGCGUCAGCCAGAAGGCUGACGAGCUUGCCCAGCUGCCACAACUGACGGCAUCACCCGUCGUCUCGCUGUUUCGCCAGUCGGUGACUGAUGGCCGGGCGCGGCUGCUUGUGCUGGACUAUGACGGCACGCUCAGCGCGACCAAGACUAUCCCCGAGUUUGCACGGCCGUCGCCACUGGCGCUCAGCACGCUGCGGCGGCUCUCGGAGCAGCCCAACACGCUGGUUUAUGUCGUGUCGGGGCGGAUGCGCACGCACAUGGACCAGUGGUUCCGCGGGAUUGACGUUGGUCUAGUGGCCGAGCAUGGCCUAUUCUACAAGCACCCGAGGGCCGCGCAGGUUCUCAUGCAAGGCUCGCCCUCACUAAACGCAGACACGUCGUCGAGCUCCGACGACGACAGCACACACGGCGCGCCGCUCUCGCACAUGAAGCACAAGGUGUCCAACGGAUGGUACAGCCUGGUGCAGCACACCGACCCGCAGUGGCGUGAUACGGUCCUGCCACUCUUCCAGCACUACACAGAGCGCACGCCCGGCUCGUUCAUCGAGGAAAAGGAAAUCGACAUCACCUGGCACUACCGCAACACCGACCCCGAGUUUGGCCUGUGGCAGUCCAACGAGCUCAAGAUCAACCUCGAGCGCGUGCUCUCGCACCUGCCGCUGACCAUCGUCAACGGCAACAAGACCGUCGAGGUCCGGCCGUCGCGCGUGGACAAGGCGUAUGCGCUCAGGUCGAUUGUCAAGGACAUGGCUGGUGUAGACUUUGGGUUUAUCAUGGCUGUGGGUGACGGCAGGGGUGACGAGAACGUGUUUACGUAUUUGAACGCCGAGUUUGCCGAUGGCAGCGGCACGGCGCUGGUCACCAGCACCGUGGGCCGCAAGUCGACCGAGGCCAAAUACUACCUGCCCAACGUUGACUCUGUGCUGGCCAUCCUGUCCAAGCUGGUCGAGCCCACGCCACCGUCGACCGUGAGUUCAUGAAAGAAAAAAAGGAAUGAGAAUGAGAGCGACGAUCGAUUUUUGACCAAUCUCACAUAGCUUUUUUCUCGUUAUUUUUUCUUAUUUCGGUUGUUUUGUUGCUGCGUGAUGUCAGCAACUCUUUUUUCCUUCUUUC